AUGGUGGAUGCAAUAGUAACCGUUUUCUUGGAAAAACUGCUUAAUGCUCUUUCAGAAGAGAGCCGCGUUUUAAGCCUAUUUAGAGACCAAUUUAAAAGAUUACAACGCGAGCUCCUAUUAAUGCAAAGCUUCCUCAAAGAUGUUGAUAGGCUCACUAGGAAGAGCCAUAUUCUUCGUGAGAUCACAGCCACUUUGCGAGAACUUAUUUUUGAAGCUGAAGACAUAUUAGAUGAUUGCCAACUUCUAUUUAUAAGGGAUGAUAAACUCCUUUUAAGUGGUUGGUUAAUGUACAUCCACCCGAAAAAGAUUCCAUGGAAAUAUCAGACUGGAAAGCGCCUCAGAAAAAUCAUCGAGAAAAUUACCAACAUCAAACAAGACAUUGCAACUUUUCCCGGUGUCUCAUUUUCAAACCAACCACAACCCGAAUACGGAUGCAAUGACUUACCCCAAAGAUGGAGCUCACCUGUGUACGAUCAUACGCAAGUUGUAGGAUUAGAAGGUGACACGAGGAAGGUAAAAGAUUGGCUAUUUGAAGCAGAUGGACCAAAUGGUGGUAUAUUGGCAAUUGGAGUUGUUGGCAUGGGUGGGUUGGGAAAAACCACCCUUGCUCGGAAAGUUUUUAAUGAUAAAGAAGUAGAGCGGCACUUCGAAAGAAGAAUGUGGGUUUCUGUUUCACAAAAUUUUAGUGAAGUGCGGAUUUUGAGAAGUAUUUUAAGGAACUUGGGAGAUGCUGGUGUUGGGGAUGAUCGAGGUGAAUUGUUGAAGAAAAUAAACCAAUAUCUCAUUGGGAAGAAGUAUUUGAUUGUGAUGGAUGAUGUGUGGUGCCGGGACAAUGCUUGGUGGGAGGGAAUUUUGGAAGGAUUACCCAAAGGAAAUGGAAGCAGUGUCAUUAUUACUUCAAGAAUUAAGGAAAUUGUACAAAAGAUGGGAGUGAGGGUAAACAGAAUCCAUUGGCCUAAAUUCCUCAGUAGGGAUGAUAGUUGGUUAUUGUUUCGGAAGAUUGCAUUUGCAGCAAGUGAAGGUGAGUGUAAAUACCCUGAGCUAGAAAAGAUUGGGAAGAAGAUUGUAGAGAAGUGCAAGGGUCUUCCAUUAGCAAUUAAGGUAGUUGGAGGAAUGAUGCUUUGCAAACCAUCUCGAUAUCAAGAAUGGAAGCGAAUCUUAGACCAUUUCCGCAAUGAAUUAGCAGAAAAUGAUGAUUCUGAGAGAGGCUUGAUGGCUUCACUACAGUUGAGCUAUAAUGAGCUCCCACCUCAUCUAAAAUCAUGUUUUCUUUGUUUCUCUGUUUACCCAGAGGAUUGUGUCAUAAGCAAAGAGCAGUUGGUCCAUUGGUGGAUUGGAGAGUGUUUUGUCCCGCUAAGGAGUGGUAGAUUAAUAACUGAAGCCGGGGAAGAUUGUUUCACAGGAUUAACAAAUCGAUGUUUGAUAGAGGUUGUUGAUAAGACUUACAAUGGAACGAUUUAUACUUGUACAAUUCAUGAUAUGCUUCGUGAUUUGGUGUUGAAAAUUGCAAACGAAUAUGCAUUCUUUAAACAAGAUGGAACAAGUUGUCGCCAUUUGGGGAUCACAAGCAAUUUGGAUUCCAAGCAACAUCAAAAGUUACGGGCUUUGUUGUCAACAACCAAGACUGCUGAAGUGAACAAGAUUAAAUCGAACACUGCCAAAGCACUUUGCAUGUCUCAUUACUUGCGGGUACUUGAUGUUUCCAAAUCAGUCUUUAAAACAUCCAUCUCAAGUAUUCUAAAUCAGAUUGGUUCCCUUCAGCACCUAGCAUACCUUAACUUGAGCAAUACUCAUCCAUUGGUUCAAUUGCCACCAUCACUUGAGAAGCUUGGCAACCUUCAGAUUUUGGAUGUGAGUCAUUGUCAAAAUAUUAAACUGCUUCCAUCUUACAUUGUGACUUUUAAGAAGCUGACGGUCUUAAAUGUGAGCCAUUGCGGUUCACUUGAAUGCUUUCCUAAAGGCCUAGGAAGGCUUUCAAACCUUGAAGUAUUGCUAGGGUUUAGACCUGCAAGAUCAAGCCAAGAAAAAGGUUGUCGCAUUGGAGAAUUGAAAAAUUUAGCGAAACUCAGGAUGCUGAGCAUACAAAUAACUCGAGCUGAUGAGAUUAGAGAUAGUGAGGUCAAUGCAUUAGUAGGUCUCCAAGAACUGCAAUAUUUAUCCUUGAGUUGCUUUGAUAGUGAUGGUAGCGACCUCAUUACCAAGGUCGAUAAUUUCUCUCCUCCAAAGCAACUCCAUGAGCUGUGUCUCCAAUUUUAUCCAGGAAAGAUCAGUCCAAGGUGGCUCAACCCCAUAUCACUUCCUGAAUUAAGGUUUCUUUCAAUUUCCUCUGGUAAUAUUGCAAAAUUCCACCAGAGCUUUUGGGGGGAUGACAAUAUUGUCUGGAACAUUGAGGCCUUGAUGUUAGAAUUUCUCUCGGAUUUGGGAGUGGAGUGGUCGAUGAUGCAACGAGUUAUGCCAUUUUUAAGAAUUGUGAAUGCGAGUUGCAGUCCAGAGUUAGAGUCUUUCCCAGUUGAGGACUCUGGGUUUAGAGGUGAUGAAUGGAAGAAGGGAGAGCAUGGAAACUAAAGCUAGAACAAAUACAAGGGCAAUGGAUCUGAUGUAUUAUUAAUGUUGAUUAUGGUAAUUGUUAAGCCUGUAAGUUAUACAGUAAUUGUUAUGCUUGUAAGAAAUUGGUUUCCCUUUUCCUGUUACAGAGAAAAUAAUGCCAUUGGUCUGGACU